GCUUUAUGUACAGCCCAUAGCAUAGUUCUGCAUCAUUAAUCAGAGAGAGAGAGAGACCGAGCACCAGCGAGCUUGCUAGCUCAAGCUACCUCCUGGAAAACGGAAAUGUUCAGUGUGCACAGAGGCUUGCAUAUUUCACUCUGACAUCUCACUACCAUGUUUUCCAACAUGGUAGUGGUUAGAACAGGGAGCUGGAAUUUAUGCAUAUAUCAGUAGCAUCCUUGUUGGAGUGGUUGUCACUUGAAUUCUUUGGAGAUCUCUGGAGAAAACAAAGAAACUGAGACGGUAUAAAUGAAUUAAACCAGUCAGAUUCCCCAUGGCUUCUUGAGAAGACCCUAAUGCUAUGACUAAGGAAUUCCACUACCAUUGGAGAAACAGUAGCUUUGCCUUUGUUUCCCAUUUUUAAGCUUUCAACACAUAGCUGAAAAAGUCUUGGAAAACUGAUCUAUCCAAAUUAAUCAUCUCUGAAGAACUGCGGACUUACUGAGUACUAAAACAAUCCUUUCUUCUACGUGAGGCAAACAUAAAAAAAAACAGCCUGUCAAACACCUGUAAAGAGAUGGCUAUCAUCAUAUGGAAAGUUGAAGAGCUGCUACGUAGCAAUUCAUGGUCCAAAUGGGAGAGUCAACUGUUAUGAUGUCCCAGAAGGUCUUAUAACAGGAAACAAAAGGGGGAAAUUGUAACAGCUUGUUAUCUGUGCUUGCACACUGGACUUCAGUGUAAUUACUAUAAAAAAAUCCAAAGCAAAUAUGCAAAUAGUUCUUUGAAAAGUCCCCAAAUUAUGUGUAGAGGCUCAGAUCAAUGCAGUAAAUGCAGUUAUACUCACUCUCUAUCACCCAUUCAUAAUUAGUCUUUUAGGAAGAGUGGCAGUUAAUUGUGAAUUUAUAUUUAGAUCCACUAUUUGGCAGACAGUUGCUCUGGGAAGAAACAUGCUUGCAAAUUACACAUGUGCUGGGCCAGAAGGAUCUAAGACAGAUUCUCGAUAUUUUAUCUAUGCAGUGACAUACACUGUAAUUCUUGUGCCAGGUCUCAUAGGGAAUACAUUAGCCUUAUGGGUAUUUUACGGCUAUAUGAAAGAAACCAAACGGGCUGUGAUAUUCAUGAUAAACUUAGCCAUUGCUGACUUACUGCAAGUUCUCUCCCUGCCACUAAGGAUCUUUUACUACUUGAAUUAUGACUGGCCAUUUGGGCCUGGCCUCUGCAUGUUCUGUUUCUACCUGAAGUAUGUCAACAUGUAUGCAAGCAUCUACUUCUUGGUCUGCAUAAGUGUGCGACGAUUUUGGUUUCUCAUGUACCCCUUUCGCUUCCAUGACUGCAAACAGAAAUAUGAUCUAUACAUCAGCAUUGCUGGCUGGUUGAUCAUCUGCCUUGCCUGUCUGCUCUUUCCUCUCCUCAGAACCAGUGAUGACACCUCAGGCAACAGAACCAAAUGCUUUGUGGAUCUUCCUACCAGGAAUGUCAAUCUGGCCCACUCUGUUGCCAUGAUUACCAUUGGCGAGUUGAUUGGGUUUGUCACUCCUCUUCUAAUUGUUGUAUAUUGUACCUGGAAGACAGUUUUAUCACUGCAUGAUAAAUAUCCUGUGGCCCAAGACCUUGGGGAGAAAAAAAAAGCCUUGAAGAUGAUUUUAACCUGUGCAGGAGUAUUCCUAAUUUGCUUUGCACCAUAUCACUUCAGCUUUCCUUUAGAUUUCCUGGUCAAGUCCAACAAAAUUCAAAGCUGCCUAGCCAGAAAGGUGAUUCUAAUAUUUCAUUCUGUUGCCCUCUGUCUUGCUAGUCUGAAUUCCUGUCUUGACCCAGUCAUAUACUAUUUCACCACUAAUGAGUUCAGAAGACGACUUUCAAGACAAGAUAGUAUCCAACUCCAUGCAAAAUCCUUUGUAAGCAACCAUACCACUUCUACUCUGACAACUGAAUUAUGCUAAAUUAAAACAAAACCUGAAUGUGGUCUAAAAUGCAAGUAUAUCAGAACAUAUUUAUAAUACCCCAAGCCACUGGAAAGUAAUUACAGGAAGCACUCACUGCUGUUCAUUUAUGCUCUAUCUUACCUAUAUGACGAAUUCACACCUUUGUAACAGAACCUGUUUUUAAAGCAUUGUAUUCCACCAUCACUGUUGUUGAUAUGUCUGUGUAAUAAUUUGUUAUUAAGUCAGUAUUUGAACUGUAAAACUUCGGUGACAUUCUAUAUA